CUCACGCAACAUGGCUACGCGCAGGGGUCGUUCGCGCGGCCGCUCCCAGGCGGACCAAGCCUCCCGCGGAACGCCCGAGCGGCCGAGCGGCGCGGGCGGCACCUCCCUGCUCGCCAGCGCCACCACCUGGCCCCUGAAGCGCUACGGCCGCUUCCUGUCCCCUACGGACAGCGAGGACGGGGAGGGAAGCGGCCACUCCUGGAAGGUUUUUGAAUCAAACGAGGAGACUGGUCAUCUUAUCCUUACCAUUGUUGUUUCUGGCCAUUUCUUUAUUUCCCAAGGAAGAACAGUGCUGGAGGGCUUCUCAUUAAUUGACUCCCAGAAGUGGCUGAGGAUAGCAAGACGAGCAGACUGCCUGCUGCUCCAUGCUCAGUCAAAGAACGAAUGCCGCAUGUUUCGAGUUCAGUUUGGUGGAGAUUCAGAAGAGCAGAUGCUGGAACACUGCUGCAGCUGCGUUCAGAAACUCGCAGAGUUUGUGCCGGUUCACGAAGCUGAUGAACUAAGCCAGAACCUCUGUUACAGUCGCAGCCAAGUGGAGGAUACUGAACAAAGUACAUCAGUGCUACGUGCACCAGAUGAGCCUCUGCCAGAUUCCUGCACAAACUUUGGAGAAAGAAGAUCUACAAUGCAGCUGGCACAGGUAAAAAGGAAAAUAUAUAUAAUUUAGAUCCUGUAAGUGAAACUCAGGUGCAGAGAAAGCUGUCUCAUGCUGUAAACAUCUGCUAAGAGUCUUCAUUACGCAUCAGGAUGCUAUCAGGGCUACUAUCUAUAGCAGCAAAACUAAAAACUGCCAUUCUUCAGUCCCUGUGCAAGGUGGGUGCAUUAUCCCUGCUUCUGAGCACAGCUUUCUGCUAGUGAGGCUUUCAUUUGCCACAUGCUGUAAUCCUUCUCUCCCUUGAGUUACUGGCAAAUUCCCUUCCACCAAGGCUCUGAUACGGUUUUACACAUCAUCUACUACUUGCCCUCACACUCUUUUAUUCAGCUUACUGCAGCUGUGCUGUGAGCUGGGAUUUCCCACAAAUUACAAAGCUUGUUCAGGGCUUCUUCCCCCAGUUCAGCUUUGGAGACAUAACCCAUCCUGCUGCUGCUCCGGAACACUCUGGAGCUGCAUUUCUUCAUUCCUACCACCCCCAGAAGGUAGCAGGGAGCUCUGGUCUCAGGUAUUCUCUCCAGCAUUGUUUCUUUUAAAACAUUUUUAAAAACUACACCAGGAUAACAGCAAGACUUCUGUGUGAACCACUGCCAUUACUAAGAAUAGGAGGGUCUUUUUCAGUGCACACAGACAGAGCUGUACUCCACAUGUCAGUAUGCACAGUCUGCUUGCCCUCGCACUGUUCCAUGUUCAAGCAGUAGGAGCUGGAGGAGCUAACAGCACUCCUGAGCUGCCCGAAGGAGGUGGCAUGCUUCAGCCCCACUGCUGUGUCAGAGCUUCCAAAGAGGCCACACUGUGCAUCUGAAGCACGUCAACCCGAAGGCAGAUCCCUCUAUAACACGGUGACCACUCACCUUCGCCUCCAGCUGCCCCUCUGCGUGCCUCACAGCAGUGCACGCCCUUUGCACAGGAUCCUGUUCUCUCACACAGAAUGCAGUCACUGCAUCACGUUAUCCAGGAAACUGACAUUUCUGAGGUAACUCCUGCACAGGCAGCUCUGUUGGAAUUGAAGUUCGAUAGGAGAGAGGCGUUCCAUACGUGAGCCAUACAGGACUGAAAGCAUUCAAACGGUGUAAUAACAAGGCAGAUGCAUCUUUAUUAAAUGCCGAAGGAAAAACUUGACGUAGCUGCAUCAUUACAAAACCCACGUGGCGCUACCUUGUGUGUACGAGAUCAGUGCAACAGCGCUGUCGUUCCUUUGCAGUCUGUGCUGAACCAGAAGUCUGAGCUGCCCCUGCUGUACCGGCAUUCAGCGUGGAGCGUGCAAGAGCUGGGACCCUUCAUCCGCUUAUGCCUGAUGGACCAACACUUCCCAGCGUUUGUGGAGGACGUGGAGAAGGAACUGAAAAGACUGACGGAAGGCUGAGCCACGUGUGACGCGUCACCGCUGGAACGCCCGCUCCGAGGUACGCAGCUCCGAUGCCAUUAAAUAUUUGGAAGUCUCACACAUUUUUGUCAGUGUUUUAUUUUUAAAAACAGGUGAAUCCACUUUUUUUUUUUUUUAUACAUCAUUGCACUUCAACAAAUACACAGAACACAAGUUCAUGCAUCUACAGUUACGCACAUCAUGAGAACCCUGUUAGGUCUAUUUCUACAAUCUUUAAAUCAUGAGAAAUUACAGUGUCAAACUAAAGAUAACUAGUUGCAUAGAAUAUCACCAUGCUGUAACGUUUCAUUUAAACAAAAAAAAAUUAUAAAAGUUUGCCUGAAUUGAAUGUACAAGAAUAUGUUGAACACAUCAGUGCAAAAGGAUUUGAGAAUUUACAUGAGUUAACAAAAAAAAAAAAAAUCACUUAAAAAGCAAUCAUAUAUAUAUAUUUAUAAACUGAAGUUCUGUUUUUGUUUCAACUGCAUUUCACCACCACCUUGCUGAACUGCUCCGGCUUCUGACGUCUGACCGCAGGACACCCAAGUCUCUAUAGGUUAAGCCCUUAAGAUAUAUUUCAACUUAGAAUUCCUUCCCUACGCACCAGAACAGCAUCACCCUCUCAUCUACCAGACAUACAGUAAGGAAUGAACAUCAGCAGCUUCAAAAUGAAACACGAUUACUGGAUUUUGGUUUUUCUCCUCCCCCCAAAUAUAAAUAUAUACUGUAUAUAUUUGUAAGUCUCGCCGUACUUUACAAAAAGUAUCACUAGAUGGCAGCAGUGCGUUUUUGAGCUUUGCCAAUUUAACAGCUACGGUAAGUAAAAAAUGGCGCAUGCGUGAUCCGACUUACUACUUCUAAUGUUUAAAUAUAGUAAGGAGAAAAAAAAAAGCAACAUUCACAGCACAUCAAGCCCAAAAUAGUUUACACCUUCUACACUGAAGCAGUAUUAAAGUUUAUCUGACUAGGUCAUCCUUGCAGGAGAGGCUAAAUAAGGCAUGCUUUAGACAGUCAUAUUGUUGCUCACUUGAAAAGGAAGAAAAAAACAAAAAAAAAAAGGGAAAA